UAUUACCAAAAGCUGCCUACAACUCUCUCACAAAAAUUAUAUCCCAAAUCAAAGCCAAAGAAAAUAAAAAGACUAACAAGAAAAGAGAAAGAAAAAUUAAAGGAGAAGUUUCUAUCUAGUAAUAGUUGUUAAUUAAGGGAUGGUAAAGGUGACAAUUAUAGGGAGGUUGAGUGAUGGGAUGCCCUUAGCCCAAGGUCCAAGAUCACAUGUUGUUCAUGAAGAGAAUAAUGAUGUCUUAACAACUUACAAGAAACAAGCUGAGUUCAUUCUCAAGGAAAUUUCUCUAAGAGCCUUGCCCUCUUCCAAGAUGACCAUUCUUGUAGAUCACCAUUGCUUCAACUACAUGGUUGAGAAUGGGAUUUGCUACCUGACGUUAUGCGAGUCGUCGUACCCAAGAAAGCUUGCAUUCCAUUAUCUACAAGAUUUGCAGCAGGAGUUUGAAAGAUUAGAUAGCAGCCUUGUUGACAGAAUUACAAAACCAUAUACCUUCAUCAAACUUGAUACUAUCAUUGGCAACAUUAGGAAGCAAUAUGUCGAUACUAGAACACAGGCAAAUUUAUCUAAACUAAAUGCUCAUCGUCAAAAGGAUUUAGAUAUCGCGACAGAGGAAUUAUCACUAAUAACAGAGAGAAGGCGAAGAGUAGAUAUGAUGGAGCGAAUGAUGGAGGCUCACAUAAGUACUUCUCCAAUUUGGGAGUCUAAAAGGCUUGAGAUCAUCGCGCUAAAAUGGACACCAAUUACAAUCCUUCUUGUUGUUGCUUCUGUUCUUCUAUGGACCGGUUUUAUCCUCCAAGAUGAUUUUCGAUAAUGGUGAACUGAACAUUGUACUUUCUGAAGCCAUAGUCAGUUGAAAGACUCUCCAAUGAAAAUAAUCAGUAGGAGACUUGCAAGGGCUAGUCAAGAAAGUGGACACAAGCAGCUAACAAUUGUGCAUAUUGUUAUUAUUGGUAAUUUGAUGCCCUAUUCAUCUGAUUAUUAAUGUGUCCAGUAGAUCGAUCGAUCACUUACUUAUUA